GCCCAGGAAGAAUACCUCGAAAUCCAGAACAUCGUGAAUCCAGAGUGUCUAGGUGCGAUAUCCGACAUGGGAAUCUCCUGGCACUUCAAUGCACCGGCAUGGCCAACAGCCGGAGGCUUGUGGGAAAGCUGCGUCAAAGCGUUCAAAUACCAUCUAAAACGGGUCAUCGGAGAUCAAAAACUUACUUAUGAAGAAUUCAGCAGUUUAUUAGCACAGAUCGAAGGCUGUAUGAACUCGAGACCACUGUGCGCUAUAUCAGAAGAUCCUGAUGACAUCAACUAUUUGACUCCUUCUCACUUUCUAAGCAGCGGACCAACUCUAACAUUGAUAGAGACAGAAAGAGACUUGCGUACAAGAUGGCAACUCACUCAGAAAAUAUUUCAAGACUUAUGGAAAAGAUGGCGUUCUGAGUACCUAGCACUAUUAAACUCUAGAAGUAAAUGGAAAAAGCCUCUAGCCAACAUCAGCCUUAAUGACGUCGUGCUCAUUCAUGAUGAUAACCUGCCGCCGGGAAAAUGGGCAAUGGGCAGAGUUAUAGAUCUACAUCCGGGACAAGACGGAUACGUAAGGGUUGUGACCCUUAAAACGAAAAACGGCACAUUAAAGCGUCCAGUCCUCAAGCUCUCUAUUUUAUUGGAACACCCCGAAGAAGAACUACCUAAGAUGCAUCAAGAACUCGAUAAGCAAAACUCAACAAGGAGUCCUCAAAAACCAAAGGCAAACAAGGCCAGGUUUUCACUGUCAUCAAUGUUCGCAGCACUGUUAUUAUUUUUAUCAUGCCUCUCAACCGGUCAGUGCGAUGUCAACAUAAUACCAUUCCGCGAAACACAAGGGCUAUACUUCGAUAAAUUAGCAGACAUGAUGCUAAUUCGAGAUGAAUGGAAGCUAGUCGUAGUCGUGUAUUAUAACAUGGAGCCUUAUUGGGACGCAACGAACGCACUACAAAAAUACACCCGAUUCUUAAAAGAUACCUGCGAAACUAUCAAGACACAAGUCCAUUGUGACAUAAUAUCGUUACAACUACGUCAUGGAUUCUCCGAACUCGAGUACUAUAAUCAGAUAUUACUCAGUCAGCAUUCGAGCACGCGACAAACCUCACUACGAGUACUACGAACCCGACGCGGCCUUGUCGACGGUGUCGGUUACGUCGCUAAUAGUCUAUUCGGCGUAUUGGACGAAAGGUUCGCCGAACAAUACAAAAAAGAUAUUACACUUAUACGAGACAACGCAAAACAUAUGGCCUCCCUUUGGAAAAAUCAAACAUCCAUAGUUGAAGCGGAAUAUAAUUUAUUGAAACGUACCGAAAACACUAUGAAUCAGCAACAUAAAAUGAUACAUCAACAUAUGAACUAUUUGGAUGAAGCUUUCAAGAAGUUGCAACAAAAAGUAGAAACUAACAACAUUAUAAACGACUUCAACUUAGGAGCCACUAUAGCAAGUAAUAUGCUCCACAACCUAAAAGGAAUGCAAGACAUGUUAUUAGACACCAUCACCGAUAUUUAUCAAGGACGUUUUAACUUACACAUGCUGACUCCAGAACAACUUAUUAAUGAGUUAAGCACCAUAGCAAGCACCCUACCAAGAGAUGUUUCCCUGCCAAUCGACAACUUACACACCGAUCUCCGCAAAAUAUACAACUUACUGAAAGUAAAGACAAGGAUGAUGGAAGACGUCCUUAUUUUCGAAAUAAGGCUGCCUCUCGUCAGCAGAGAUGUUUAUGAACUUCUAAAGGUCAUUCCGAUACCCAAAAAAGCUGGAAACAGGACAACCGCUGUAAUACCUGUAUCAGAUUAUGUCUCCAUAAACAUGAAAAAAGAUAUGUAUAUUCCUAUCUCAGAAAAUGAUAUUAGAGCAUGUACAAUAUCAUCAGACUCUUAUUUUUGCUACAUCAAGAAACCAGUCUAUCAACUGAAAGGCGACAACAGUUUUUGUGAAUCAGACAAAUCGGGAUGUAAGAUUGUCACAACAACAUGCGUAAAUGACUGGAUAGAGAGCAAUGCACUAAAUACCUAUAUCUACUUUUGUUGUGAGCAGUGUCAAGUUCGAACACUGUGCGCGGAUCAAGUAACCGCGCACCAGCUGACGAAUGCCGGGCUUAUAAAUGUAGGUCAUGGCUGCAUUAUUAAGACCGAUAAUUUCUCGGUAUUCCCGCAUAAACCUCACUGGUCCGAAAUCAAAAUGAAACCAGAUUUAUACAACCCAGUUAUGGCACCGAUAAAUCACGUCAUCAACAUCACCAUACCUCACCUACAGCGCAAGAACGAAUCUGAAGAUCUACAAAGAGAAGCUAACAAUCUCGGAGAAAAGAUCAAGCAGUUGAAGAACACCGAAGUUAACUCCGAGAGCAUAUCAUAUCACGAUAUUCAUCACUACGCUAUGAUAUACGUGAUCCUCGGAUUAAUCGGAACUACGGCAUUGAUUAUCAUAAUACGACGAGUUCAAUGGAGAGUGCCGUCAACGCCGUCCCGAGCCAGCGUCGAGGAGCCACCCGCCGCCACGCCGACCCCGCCCCGGGCGUCUCCGCGCUCCGCCGUAGUCAGCGAGACUCGCCAACACAGCGACGAAGAUCACAGCGAGACGACAAAUCUUUCGCGCGUAGAUAAAGCGACAUCCCCUUCGUUUAAAGUAGUUACUUUUAAUUAGAUUUAAUGUAUGAUCAAGUUUUCACACAGCAUCUUUCUCUCAUCUCAACCGCCCCCCGGAAUAUGUACAAGUAAAUUGCACAUGCAUCAUAUUGUUCAUUUGCCCCAUCAGCAUUUAGUUUUAUAUAAAAGUUUCGUAAUUAGUCAAUAAGUACCUAUUCAUUCAAAACAUAUUCACGUUCGCUAUUCUAUAAGUGUGCACACCUAUCAAGUUAUAAUAAAUCAAGUUUAUCUC